AGGAAUUAACUAAUUCAACUAUAUUUAUAUUAUGUUUUAAUAACUAAACUAAGUAGAUAUUAAAAGGUGUGUAAAAUUAAAAAUGGUAAAAACCAGACGGGAGCCGGUUCUAGGACUUUCUCUCUAGGGCUUCCCAUGAAGAAGAUCCUGAGGUGAAUCCUUCAGGUUUAGUGAUCCAACUUUUCGCUUCCAUCUGUGCUCGUUAGUUCAAUCCGGGAAUAGCUUUGGUGUUUCUUCUUGCUUGAAUCACCUGAUUUGUUUUAUUGGGGCUGUACAAAGCAAAACCGUCUGCAGAGCAUUAAAGUCGUCUCAACUACUGCUUUAAUUUUAUCCAACAGCUGAGAGUUAAGACUCCUUGUAGAAGCGAUGGGGGAGCCCUUUCAGGAGGGAGCAACUGCUUCCCUUUCGUUAGACCACACCCUCGUGGUAAGGUUGGAAUCGUCCCACGAAGACGGAGCCGGUGAACUGCAUCGCUUCUCUUUUGCGGGACGGUUGGUCACCACGCACGAGGACAUUCGCAGUGGUUUGGUGUAUGGCAUUCUUAAAAGUGCUUGGGGUCCAAAAGGAGGCCUGGAGCUUCAUGAGCAAUCCAAGCAUACUUAUGUGUUUAUCCUCUCUGAUGAGAAAGAAAAACAGAGGAUUUUUAAUAGUUCCCCUUGGUCAGUGAAGGGAUUUCAUCUUAUUCUCAAAGAUUGGCCUAGCUCUCAACGUUUUGAUGAGAUCGAUUUCUCCAGAACGGAAUUCUGGGUACAGGUGCAUGGCUUGCCCAAAGAAGCUAUGACAGUGGAAAAUGCUAAACGAAUAGGCUCACUAUUUCCUCGUCUUAUCUCUUGGGAUGAUUCUACCUUGGGGGGACAGGAGAGUUUCCUAAGACUGAGAGUGGAAAUUGACCUCCAUGUUCCUCUUCUAACCAGUUUCCAAAUAGCCGGCUUAGAAGCGGAAUUGAAAUUGGCUCAGUUUAAAUAUGAAAAGCUUGCUGAUUUUUGCUAUCGGUGUGGCAUGAUUGAUCAUACCAUGAAAACAUGUGAGGAUUAUCGCUGGACAGAUGAAGAUGGAAACUAUAUUUCUCAAGCUCGUCCUGCAUAUGGCCCUUCCUUGAGAGCACCAGCCUACUCCCCCCGGCGGCAUUUUGGGGCGGUUCGAAGGUCCCCUCAAUCUUUAAAGCCAAUGCACACAAUUAAUCUGUCUUCUAUGGCCCCCAGUACGGCUACACAAUACACAAAGCCUCCGGAGGCGACUGCAGAGGGGGAAUUGUGUGCUGAUCCAAUCAACUCACGGGCGGAGCGUGUAGCUCACUGGGACGAUACUCGCGUGACACUUUCUUCUCCACUAUCCUUAUCUCCUCCAUUUAAUGAAACUGGAUUGCCAUCUUCAGAAGAUUACACUGGAUGCCCUCAAUCAUCAUUACUCCCAUCUGACAAUCCGUCUAUACAUGCAGCAUCAUUGAAUGCAAAAGAGACAAACGAUAACCCCCAAGAAGCUUUUGGCUCUUUGAAAUGCACCAAUAUUGGGCCGAGAGAGCUAGGCCCAAUUACUUCUCCCCCCAAGGCUUCUGAUGGACCAGACAUGAGGUUUCUUAUGGAUCUAACACAAGUAGGAUCUAUCUUAUCCCACCAGAUUCAAACUCAAUUGCAUCUUGAUGCAGAGCUGACUCCAACAAAGAAACGCAGCAGGAAGGAGGAAGCGGGGGAUGACGCUUCCAAGAGACCUAAAUUACAGGCCUUCGGAUGUUAUGAGUCCUCAUGCUCCCCAACUCAGCUACAGGAAGCUCUAUCCCAUGGAAGGUCGGUGUUUGAUCCUAAGGAACUACCUUGCUUUUUUACAGAUGUGGAGGAAUCUGUGUUGGUGCACAAAGUUCGCCGCAAAAUACAAAUUAAAGCUUUGAAUCGCCAAAUUCGAGCACGCCCAGAUUUUCGGUUUGCCUCAAUUCAAUCUUUUCAUCCUACUCAGAAGCCAUAUGACGAACCCCCCUUUCAACCAACAGAAAUGCUUGUUGACUCAGCUCCAGGUGACAGUGCUGAUAAGCGCGGAAAGAGACCUCCGACAGUACUGGAUAGAGUCAUCCUUAAUGAACUAAUGGCUGUUUGCUCGCUAAGGGAGAUUGGGUUCAAAGGGUCAACUUAUACAUGGACCAAUGGGAGACAGGGAAGCGAAAAUACUAGCGAACGGCUGGAUCGGGUUCUCAUGAAUGAUACAUGGCAUCAGCUUUACCCGAACGCACAGUUAUUCCACUGCACCAGAAUGGGAUCUGAUCAUUGCCCACUCAUGUUAUGCCUGCACGCCAUUCCCAGAAAGCAGAGGAGGAGGUUUCGCUUCGAACUAAAGUGGCAACUGCACGAUGGCUAUCCUGAAGUGAUUUCUAGUGGAUGGACCACUGACAGGUUAGGUUCCCCUCUCUUCACCUUGUCGUCUAAAUUGCAUAAUCUUAAGAAAAAUCUGCAGAAUUGGAGCAAAACGACCUCUAUAAGGUCACAUGAGGCUCUUCAUCAACUGCAGCAGGAAUUAGAAACUUUGCAGCAGAACCAAUCUGUCAGCAAUAUUGAACAACAAACAAGCCUAAUCAAGAAAAUCAACACCUUAUGGGCUCAAGAAGAAGCUCAUUGGUUCCAAAAGGCCCAUGCUAAUUGGAUUAACUUUGGGGACAAGAAUACUAGAUACUUUCAUGCUGUUGCUCCCAAGGAUGUCUCGGAUGAGGAGAUUAAAGCAGUUGUCUUCCAGCUUGGACCCUUUAAGGCUCCUGGUGUUGAUGGUUUUCCAGGAUGCUUUUAUCAACAACAUUGGGAGUUGAUUGGAACGGAUGUCUGUCAAGCAGUAAGGCAUUUCUUUGAACAUGGAUAUAUGCUGCGGGAAAUGAAUAGAACUCAAAUCAUACUCAUUCCCAAAGUUAGAAAUCCCAAGUUGAUCACUCAGUUUCGUCCCAUUUCUCUCUGUAAUUUUUCCUAUAAGAUCAUCUCUAAAUUGCUAGCUAAUCGACUGAAGGGAUAUCUUGAUGGUCUCAUUUCUCCUUUUCAGUCUGCUUUUAUCCCAGGUCGAUUCAUACAAGAUAAUAUAUCAAUUGCCCAAGAAGCUUUCCAUGGACUGAAGCUAAAGAAAACAGGGGUGAAUGGCUAUCUGGCUCUUCAACUUGAUAUCCGGAAGGCUUAUGAUUGUGUUGACUGGGGCUGCCUAGAAUAUGUGAUGCGAGCACAUGGAUUUUGCGAAAAAUGGAUUCAAUGGGUCAUGCAAUGUGUUACUACUGUUUCUUACAAUGUAUUGGUAAAUGGUGUACCCACCCCUUCGUUCACCCCACAGCGAGGGCUUCGUCAAGGUGACCCUUUGUCCUCCUAUCUGUAUAUAUUUAUUGCUGACAUUUUGUCUCGUCUCAUAUUGUCAGCAGUUGCUGAUAAGAAAGUAUCUGGCUAUAAGAUACGAAAUAGAGGCCCAGCUAUCAAUCACCUCUUGUUUGCAGAUGACUCUCUUGUUUUUUGCAAAGCGAAGGUAGAGGAGGUGAGUUAUUUACAAUAUGUCUUACAACAGUAUGGAGAUAUUACUGGGCAACGGGUUAAUUUUGCUAAGUCUGCUGUCAUUUUCAGUACUAAUACCACUAGUGAUUUACGAGUAACAAUAUGCGACCAGCUUGGCAUUAACAGGGAAUCUACUGUUACUAAAUAUCUCGGACUACCUACCUCUUGGGGGAAAUCUAAAAAAGCCAGUUUGGAAAAUGUGGUGGACAGAAUCCAUAGAAAGCUAAAACAGUGGAAAGUGGCUUUAUUGUCUCAAGCUGGUCGGGAAAUUCUUAUUAAGGCAGUGGCUAUGGCUAUUCCCACCUAUACUAUGUCUACUUUCUUAUUUCCAAUAAGCACCUGUAAGCAUAUUAAUAGAAUCAUUCGUGAUUUCUGGUGGGGACAACAACAGGAGGAGAGAAGAAUGUGUUGGGUUAGUUGGAAAUCACUGUCCAAAAGUAAGUUUGCUGGGGGGAUGGGUUUUAAAGAUUUACACUGUUUUAACUUAGCCAUGCUGGCUCGACAAGCGUGGAGAGUUUUACAAAACCCCCAAUCUUUAUGGGUAAAAGUACUUAAAAGCUUAUACUUCAGAGAUACAUCCUUUUUUCUUGCCAGGAAGGGCAGCCAUCCAUCUUGGGCGUGGACCAGCAUUUUGAAGGGACGAGAAAUCCUUCAACUUGGAGUCCGCUGGAAUGUAGGUGAUGGAAGACAGAUCCUGAUUUAUGAUGAUGCCUGGAUACCAACCUUACCACAAUUUAAGGUAUCCUCUUCCCCUUCAUCUGACUCUUUGUACAUUCAUGUUUGUGAUUUACUUGAUGAAAGAGGGAACUGGGAUGCUUCUAAGCUUAGCACCUGCUUCACAAACGAAGAGUGUAAGGAAAUUGCUAAAAUCCCUACAGGGAAUUGUCCUGACAACUUUGUCUGGCAUUUCAACAAAUUUGGCAUUUUCACUGUCAAAAGUGCAUACUUCCUUGCCUACAAAUAUACCAAUGGAUCUGAUCUAAUUGCAGGAACUUUCUCUGUCUCACCCACCGAAUGGAAGCACCUCUGGAAACUUAAGUUACCCCCCAAGGUUAAGCUUUUCUUAUGGAGAGCUAUGCUUAAUAGAUUACCCACUUUAGAUAACUUACUAGCAAAAGGGGUUGUGAACAAUGCUCUUUGCCAAAUCUGCCAACUAGCUGAUGAGUCCUUGAUGCAUAUCUUACUUUAUUGCCCUCAUGUGGAGCCAAUAUGGUUUGGUUCAGCCUUGGGUCUUAUUCCAGGGCAGCUGAGGUUGCAAAACUUUGUGGAAUGGUGGAGAUAUUUGAAUACCAUGGCACAACAAAUGAGCACAUCCUUACUCAUCGAGCAGUGGGCAGUCAUCUGCUGGACUGUGUGGAAGGCAAGGAACAAAAAAUAUUUUGAGCAAUCUGAUUUCAAUCCUAAUCAGGUUCUCACUCAGGCUACUGGCAUGUUUCAGGAUUAUUGCUUCGGGGCCAACAAAGAUCUACUCAAUCCACCAAAGAAGGCAGCAGCAAGAAAACAAGAUAAUUCCUGCUGGACUCGUCCUCCACCAGAAUUCAUGAAAAUUAAUGUGGAUGCCUCUUAUGUAUCGACUUCUGGCAUAACUGCUUUAGCUAUGGUAGGUAGAAAUUCUGAUGGCGAUCUUCUACUAGGAAGGACAUGGCGAUGCUCUGCUUCCUCUCCUCUCAUGGCUGAAGCGACUGCUCUUCUCAAAGCAAUACAAUAUGCCACGGACAUGGGUUGGACUUUUGUGAUCUUUGAAUCCGACAAUGAGGCUCUCAUCUCAUAUGCACAAGAUGCAGUCAAGCCUCCUCCAUGGGAGAUCAGUUCAAUCAUACAAAGUAUCAGAGAGUUAUCUUCCUCCAAGCCAUCCUACUCCUUCUCUUUUGUUCCCCGUGAAGGAAACCGCGUUGCCGACUGGGUAGCGGUUGCUACUAUUCGAGGACAAUGCCCUUAUUAUUGGGCUCAUUGCCCUCCUAAUAUUUUGUUAACCUUACUAUUUGAUGAUAUUGUACGCUAAACUUAUACUAGUUAUUUUGUUAAUAAUAUAUGUCACUUUCUCCCUCAAAAAAAAAAAAAAAGGUGUGUAAAAUUAACUCUAUGGUGUACCAAUCAAUUUUUUAGACUGAAUCUAAUCAUUUUUCUAGAUUGAAUUUGAAAUAACUGAAUAACUUUAUU